AUGCGCUGGACCCUUGAGAAUGAACAUGUGCUCUGGCGCACGAUUUUCGAGACUCAGAACCUUACUCUAGACCUGGACAAGAUCGCUGAGGCGUGGCUCGGUGAUGAUAAGCCCACUGCUCGCGCCAUCAAAGAGCAUCUCGAGAAGUUUCGCAAGGGAUCAAAGUCGGGCAACUCGAUGACUUUUAGCAUGAGUAGAAAACGUGCUGGAGGUGAUGACAGUGCUGUUCCGACUCCGCGCAAGAAACGCACUUCGAAGAAGGUCAAGAAGGAGAAAGAGGAUGACGAGGAUGAUGCUCUUCUUGGUAGCAAGGAAGAGUAG